AGCAUUCAUCCUAGAGUGAGGUUAGUUAUCAACUCUCACAAUGACAGACAACUACCUAGGCAGAAAUCACGCAGAUCACGCACAGGCACAGCAUUGCUUCAGGUAUCAAAUCAUCAUCAUUCAUGCAGGUUUCAUUUCAUAUAAUACACUUCUUUAAAUGCCCAUGAUAUCACUUCACUUCCUCUCACCCCUCCUCGAUGCUUCGCCCGUGCAUUGCCCAUCCAUUACCACCACAACCCUUGCGCGCGCGGGCUGCCUCCAACCAGUGAGGCCUCACUCUCUUCGAGCAAAUCCCAUAACUCAUUUUUUUCAUAACUGCAAAAAAUGGGAGAACAAGCAAAAGGAAAAAAGAGAAAAAAAGAAUCCCAUGCCCGUCUCCAUAUAUGAUGUAAUAAUAUCCUUCUCAUAUCACCCGCAUUUUCGCGUCUAAUUGAUAUUUGUUCUUGUGAUAGUUGCCUGCCCUGUUGAGUCCCUGGAAAUGCGGAAGCAAAAUUAAA